UUGGCUAGGACGGUUCUCGGAUAAUGGCCAACGCUUCUGCAAAGCGCGUAGCCUCGCAGAAUGCUGCAACUGUCAAACACUUGCGGCUAGGCAUGUUCAUCUCUAGUGCGCUCGCCUUGGUGUUUCGGAUGGCCUUCAGCCGCGGCUCUCUUUCGCCCAAGACUUUUGCAUUUUGGAUUUACGCGUUAUCGCUCGUCCCCUCAAUUUUCCUGACCCGCUACCUGGAACGGAUCGGUUCUCCUCGACAUGAUCCUACAACUGGCACACUCAUUUCGUCUGGCGAGGAUCUCGCACAUCCCGGAAUACUAGAGUGGUGUUUUGACGUUAUUUACAUCACAUGGGCAUGCCAAGUCGGUAGCGGGUUGUUCGGGACCUGGGUGUGGUGGUUAUACCUGAUCAUUCCUGGGUAUGCCGUGUACAAACUCUGGGGCUCUGUCAUCUCGCCCAUACUACUUGGUCGUGGCGGAUCAUCACCAGUGGAGGCAGAAAAUCCGGCCCCGCAACCCACGAGCAAACGUCAGGAGAAGCUGAAGAAACGGUCCGAGCGGGGAGACCCUCGAGUGCAAGCACGCUCGAAGUGACCGCACUCAGUCGUUUUUUUUCUCCACUGCUGUUAUCUUAAUAAAGUACACCUUUCACUCGUUCUGCAAUGA